UCAUAAAGGCCACCAUUGUAUGUAAAUAGUUUAUAUAAGAGCGUAUGACUUCUACAGUGCAGGGCAGUGGCUAGUGUCAGGGAAUUCAUUUGCAAUUUGCAAAGACAUGGUGUUCCAGCACAUCACUUACUACACUGAUGGUAAUCCAGCUGACUAAGGACUUGUCUGCGUGUGGACUCACCUGAAGGUCUGGGGUCGAAUCUAGCUUAGAUUUCCACAGUUGGAAAGGAAUUUGGUGGUUUCAACUUUAGUCUCCUCCUCAGUGGGCAGAAACACACCUCACACACAGUGUCUGCUUGGGGAAGCCCAGGACUUAACAGUAGACCUGGAACCAAAAAUGAAUUGGGCGUCUUUUUAUGCCGUUCUCAGCGGUGUAAACAGGAACUCCACUGGAAUCGGCCGCAUCUGGCUGUCGGUCCUCUUCAUCUUUCGAAUCAUGGUCCUGGUGGUCGCAGCGGAGAGUGUCUGGGGCGACGAGAAGUCAGGCUUCAUCUGCAACACGCAGCAGCCUGGUUGCAACAGUGUCUGCUAUGACCAGUUUUUCCCCAUUUCCCACAUCCGCCUAUGGGCACUGCAGCUCAUCCUGGUGUCCACUCCAGCCCUCCUCGUGGCCAUGCACGUGGCUCACCGCCGGCACAUCGAGAAGAAGAUCCUAAAGCUGUCCGGCCACAGCAGCAGCAAAGACCUGGAGCAGAUAAAGAUGCAGAGGAUGAAGAUCACGGGGGCCCUGUGGUGGACCUACAUGAUUAGCGUGAUCUUCCGGAUCCUCUUCGAAGCCGCUUUCAUGUACAUCUUCUACCUGAUCUACCCGGGCUUCAAGAUGAUUCGGUUAGUCAAGUGCGACGCCUACCCCUGCCCCAACACUGUGGACUGCUUUGUAUCCAGACCCACGGAGAAAACCAUCUUCACCAUCUUCAUGCUGGUGGUGUCUGGGGUCUGUAUCCUCCUCAACAUCGCAGAGGUUGUCUACUUGAUCACCAAGACCUGUUUCAAGAGCUUGCCAGACUCGGAGUCCGGCUCCAAAGGUACUUUUUAUGGGCACAGGUUCUCGUCGUACAAACAGAACGAGAUCAAUCAGCUGAUCUUGGACUCGAAAAUCAACGGGUCGAAGAGAAAUCCCGGUUCUGAUAAGGGGGACAGGUGUUCGGCUUGUUAGGUGUCUGAUGUCUUACUCUAACCUCUGCAUCCAACCCAUUCAACUAAUCAAGCUUAAUUAGUGUUUUGAAGCAGAUUGGAGCUCACUGUUUCUUGGAGCACUGAGACCGAGUUUAAUCCUUUACAGUGUGGGGAUACUUCACAGCAUUUACAAAGCUGUAGAUUAUCAUUUUGUAAAAAAAAAACAUGAUAGCAUAACCCCUUAACCUUCAACCAUUCUUGACGCAGUUCUCUGUCCACAGGUAAGAAGCCACCACACUAAAGCAUCACCAAGCCAUCCAUCUGCAAAGACCACAUAUACCUGUGAUUGUACUGAUCAAUGAGGGCGUGAACUGCUUACAGUGUUUAAAUUGACCAGUGUGAAGUCUCACAAACAAUUCCUCAAGCCGAGGCAACACACUGGAGGUACUGCAAACACACCAUUCCAGAGGUUAAGGGGGUGCAACUGUAUUUGGUUUUUAAGGGACAUAUUUCACACGGCACUUGAAGUUACAGAAUAGUGUAUAACGCCAAAUAUGGUAAAAGUGCAGCGCUUCCUGUAUGUAACUAGAUGAAAUGUCCGUGCUUCAGUUGGUCUUUGAGAUGGUAUGAACUUCACGCCACUGAAACACAACUUCUUUUUUUUUUUU